AUGUGGGCCCGGGUAGCAUUAAUGUGCGGGUUGCUGCCAAUGGCAGCCAUGGCAUUGACAUGUUUUGAUUGCUUCGACACCGGACCCGACCAUAAAGAAUGCACCACACUACGCAAUUGCACCGGAAAGGCCUGUAUGAUAUACGACGCUGGCGAUGGCAAAAAGUUGACGGCUUUUUGCAUAAUGGCCACGAAAAAUGAGGAAAAUAAGAAAUCCGGCUGUUGGAUGGAAGCGGAUGGUGUCGGAAAACAUUGCAUCUGCCAUGAGGAUUUCUGUAAUCGAUUGGGCCAGCCACAAGACGAUUCUAAACCUGGAAUCGCCGGAGCUGCCAUGCUAAAAGCAAAUCCGUUGGUUGAUUAUGAUGAUGAUAACGAUGGAGUUGCGCCAGCUCCCAAAAAUGUGCUGUUCCCUACCGCUGAAGCGGCCGAUCCGCAAACGGCUGGCGAGGAGGAUGAUGAUCUCGUCCCGAUCAACUUUGAAGAUUAUGAAAAUAAGGAGCAAAUCGAUGACAAGUCCUCGACAGAGCAGAGGCGAUUGCAAACAAAUGAGAUCGGGGACGUUGAAGCGACGACGCGAGAUGUCUCUAGCGGAUAUCGGCCUCCAAAAUGCCUCCUCCUCUUCCUGACCAUGGCCACAUCAUGGGCACGCCUCUUCGCAGGGUUA